GAGGCGCUGAUUGGCUAAAACGCGCUGCUGGCUGAGGCGGCGACCCUGGAAUUGGAAGCAGGUGGAGGCCGAGGAUGGUGGUGGGGAGUUCCGCAGGCCUUUUCCGACGCCUUGGCGCGCUGAGUGGGGCAGCCGCGGUGGGAGCAGCCGCCUAUGGAGCCCACGGUUUGCGCCGGAGCGACCGAGACGACUACCUGAAAGAGCUCUACGAAACGGCCAACAAGUAUCACUUCUUGCACAGCCUGGCACUAUUAGCCGUCCCCCAUUGCCGAUAUCCCAUGAUGGCUGGGAGCAUCCUGUCCCUAGGAAUGGGGAUGUUUUGUGGCGCCUUCUAUUACCAUGCGCUCACUGGAGACCCGGUCUUCACGAAAGCAGCGCCGUACGGAGGUGGACUCCUCAUCCUUGGCUGGAUUGCGAUGGCCCCCUGAGACCCUUCCAUACCCAGUCCCCCAGUAGCCUUUUAAUCCCAGCUCUGGACUAACCAUGCAGGGAUCUCUUUGACACUGCAAAAUUAGUGCAAUUUAUAGUUUUUGGUGGGUAUUUUGGGCUAUGCGGCCAUAGAAGAGUUUAUUCCUAUGGAUGCCAGCCAUGAAAACCUUCGACUUCAUAUCGCAAUUUAACUUCCAUGGCUGCCUACUGUGGAAUCCUGGGAUUUAUAGUUUGGGGAGGCCCUAGAGCUACACACUCAGAACAGCUCCUGCAACUACAGAUCCCAAAAUGCCACAGCAUGGAGCCAUGGGUGCUAGAAGCAACAUGAGAAAUUCACCUGCAAGAUUUGCAAGAUCCUAUGGGAUCCUGGGAUUUGCAGUUGAGGGAGGGGAAUUUAGACAGCGCUUCAACCCGAACUGCAUAUCCCAGGAUUCAUAAUUGUGGAGCGUGGAAGAUCCCCAGGGCAUUAUAUCUAUUUUUUGGGUACUAAGAAGGGACACAAUGCUAGAAGAAUGAGAACCCCUCCUUCAAACAUCAGCAAGUGUGUGUUGGUUUGGGAUGGAAAGAAUACAGUAUAUAAGAAUACAGUACAACCACAGUAACACACACACACACACACACACACACACACACACACACACACAAUCUCUGUUGUAGGGUUUUUUAAAUAUAAAUUUCCAUGCAAAAAGGCAUAACUUUCCACAAAAUACAGUGGUUUUGUGGAAACCUCUUUCCCCUGUAAAAUGAAUAAAUAAACAAAUUCCUUAAGUUAAAUGCUUGCAAUGAACCGGAAUAAAACUCCAGGAUGCGAGAAACCAUUGAAAAGUUGCAAAAAUAUUGCAAUUUUUCAUGCCAAAGGAGCGAAAAUUCACUUUUUUCAUUCAUGUUUGCAGGAUGGGACAGUUCACAAUGAUUUGGUUUUGGGAGCCGUUUUUAAGCUCCUCUUUGCACCUGCGUCUGCCCCUGACUUCAAGCCCCAAAAUGCAAAAUGUACCCACUUUUUGUGUGUCUUUUCUUUAAAAAAGAUCAAAAUAUUUUAAAAUCACAACAAUAGCAGAGGAUCUGCAAAGGGUAAGAAUCACGUUGAUUAAAGCCAGAUUGGCGUUUGCAGAACUGGAAUAAUUUUGAAAAACAAAUCAGUGACUUUAAUUGGCAUUUAAUUUAAUAAACGUACUGACUCUGUUCCUAAA